AUGCAUUUUAUUAACUAUUCAAGUUCCGGUGGACACGAUUCGGUAGUUACGUCAUUUGGACUACGAGAUAUUACCGAGGACUCGAUCGAGAUGCGAAAAAUCAAAGACGUCCAAAGAUUCUUGAGAGGUUGGUUGUGCCGCAGGCGUUGGAAACAAAUCGUCGAGCAGUACAUUAAAAGCUCUCGCUCUAUACGUAGCCGGAACAGGUUAGCGUUUCAAACUAUGGAAGCCGAGAAAGAAUAUACAAAAGAGAUGGAGAUAUUAGUAAGCUGUUUCUUGAGGGCUUUUAAGAUGGCUGCUAACUCAAAGAAACCCCCUAACCACAAGGAUGCGAACAGUGUAUUUUUGAAUAUCGAGACAGUGUUGUUUCUUUAUCAGAUCUUCCUGAAGGGUCUCACUUCUCGUAUGGAGAACUGGCCCACUUUAGUUUUAGGCGAUUUGUUCGACGUGUUACUACCAAUGUUAUCAAUUUAUCAAGAACACGACAGAAAUCAUCAUUACAAUCUUCAAGUGCUGAUUGAAUGCAAGCAAUCAUCAUCUGUGUUCGCUGUAUUGUUUAUUGGAUUGAGAUACAGCGAAGGUCAUUCAGUGGAGACCUUUUUAACGUAUCCUAUGUAUCAGGUUUCAAGAUAUAUUAUUACGCUGCAUGAAUUAUUGACACACACUCCUCGCGAUCAUGUUGAACGGAAAAGUUUAGAAAACGCGAGGCAACAACUUUGUCGUUUGUCGAGACAAAUGCACGACGAGGUCGAUGAAACGGAAAAUUUGACCGUGAAACGAAUGAUCGUAGAAGACUGUGAUGUUUCACUCGAUAUCAAUCAAGGAUUUGUCAGACAGGUCGGUAAAGUCUUAGUUGAAUCUGCUGCACACGAGUAUUGCCCCGAAGCUUUCACGUGUGAAAAUUCGUGUGGUAAGUGGCGCAUGUGCGCCCCUUUGUGUUUCAGAAUCGAUGGAAAAGAAAGAUUCAUGAAAAUCUCGAUUGACAUAACACAGGAGAAAACUGCCUGGAUAAGCGAUAUCAGCGGCUGUAUGGAUAACGUUCGCUCGAACGAUUUACUUGAAGGCUUGCGGUCGGACGUUAGUUCCGUCACGAUGUCAGAAGAAUACGAAAACGAUCCGAAAUUAUUCAACGACGACGUGGACAUCAAAUUCAGCAGGACCUUGAAUUCCUGCAGGAUCCCGCAAGUUCGAUCAGCCACCCCUGAACGUCUGCUUCAACGUCUGAUGGACCCGAGAUUUCUCAGUAUCGAUUACCUCAAUACGUUUUUGACAACGCAUCGACUGUUCAUCGACAGUGUCACUGUGAUAGAAACUUUAAAGAAAGCGCUUUACGAGGCUGAACUAGCCGAGACGCCUGCUGGUUCUCUGGUAUCUUUGGACGUAUUGGGAGGAAACGUGACAGCAGAAGAGAAAAUAUCCGCAGAAACUCUUACAAUCUCAGAGCCAAAAUCCACUGAUAGCAAAGCAGGCAAAAAAGAGACAGAGAAACGACCUGCAAAAAUACCUGAAACUGACAGUUCGUUUGAGCAACCUCUUCAACAAAAUCAAGAGAAUCAACAAAGACACGAACAUAGAGCGUCCACUGAGUCUGUUCCUGUUGCUACUGCAAGUAGCACGAUUUCUACGAUAACUAGAAAUUACUGGAAGAGUUGGCGACUCAUUCAAGAGAACCAAUCGUCUUUCCAGCACGAGCAGAUUCCCAGCAAAGCUGAUAUUGUGAUCACCAGUUCUCACCAAAGUUAUCGAAGUGUUGGAUUUGUACUUAUCUGGAGCGGUACAUCGACAGCUGCAACUGCAUUUGCAAUUGCAACAUCUGCGUCGAGCAACCCGCCAGACGAGGGCAGUGAUCAAGAUAAUCGCAGCGGUUCUUGUCGCGACAAAAACAGACGGAACGAGUCGGUUAUGUCAACCGCAAUCAUGACGAGAGUGUUGAAAAUUUUGAGACAUUGGAUCUCGAAACACCCUCAAGAUUUCCAGUCUGAUAAUAGGUUGAAAAAUCUGACGAUCAAGUUCCUCGACGACAUCAUUCACUGGCCUAAUCUUCUGCCGGCUGAGCACAAAGUCGCGAUCCAACUUCUUCGAUUGAUAACGAAGGAACAACCGGAGAAUAACAAAGAAGAACUUAGGAAACUGUUGGCUCCUCCUACUGUGAAAAUUAAGCAGAGUGUCGAGACGUUCGCGUCAGUUGAAGUCGCAGAGCAAAUGACGUAUCUGGAUCACAAGAUUUUUAUGGCCCUCGCGAGCAAAGAAUUUCUUGGACAGGCAUGGACAAAAGCUGACAAGUCUUCACGCGCUCCCAACAUUUGCCUACUAACAAAGAGGUUCAACGAAAUGUCAAAAUUGAUUGCUUCCGAGGUUGUUAGGCGUAGAAGUGUGUCAGGGAGAGUUGCAGUGAUCGAAAAAUGGGUUGCAAUCGCAGAUUGCAACAGAACUUUACGCAAUUACAAUGGUGUACUACAAAUUUGUGCAGCUCUUUCGAGCAGCAGUAUUUUCAGAUUAAAGAGGACUUGGAAUAAAGUUCCAGAAGCGACGACACAAAUGAUGGAAGAACUGCAGGAUAUUGUGUCGUCGGAUGGACGCUUCAAAAAUUUGAAGGAGGCAUUGCGUCGAUGCGAUUCACCUUGCAUCCCUUAUAUAGGAAUGUACCUGUCCGACCUUUCUUUCAUCGAAGAAGGUACUCGAACUAUGACCGAAGAUGGCCUUUUAAACUUUUCCAAAAUGAGAAUGAUUGCCCACGUGAUCCAAGAAAUAGGUCAAUUACAACAAGGUUCAUACAAUAUCGAACCGAUAGCGAAGAUUAUCAAUUAUCUGUUGGAUCCGUCGUUGCAGAUCGACGACGAUACUUUAUAUCAGAUGUCCUUGGAGAUCGAACCAAGAUCAUCGAAGCCAAGUUCAAGCUUAUUUCAUUUGACAUCCUCCGUCGCCCACAAAUCAAAAAAAUGAAUUUGAGUAUCAAACUAUUUAAUAAAUUCACUUUAAUUUAUUUCUUAAAUUAAUCGAUACGUAAUUUAUGUUUGUUUCAUCUUUCAGUUGUUUUCCACAUCAAACUUGCAGCUUCUUCCUCGCUAUUGCUUCACAACUAGACCAAUUCAUGUGCAAAGUAUGAAUGCAAGUGAUUAGAGAUACAUUGGGACUUAAUAUAUAUAUAGAUGACUGUUAUGUACUCCAGAUACAACUUUGAAGCUAUACUUGAAGCCAAGCUUAUAUAUUUAUUCUUCGUAAACGUUUAGUUAAGUUUAAUGUUUCUUUCAAUCACGACUGAAAUUUGUUCUUCUGUCUUUUUU